GAAAUACACUUUUCUGAACACUUGAGUGCCUGAUUGUUUCUGCGUGCAAGCAACGUUAUUUCGUUGCAUUGGCAAUAGAACGACAAGUUGCCUUGACUGGCAUGUGCUCUACAAACUCCCUAUUGGAGUCUUUGUGCUGCUGUCAGUGAGGCCUGUGUGUGGAGGGAGGGAAUGAGGCAGUUUUGUCAGUGAGUCACUGAACAUUGCAUGAUAAAAAGAAAGAAUUCUUUCAAAAGAAGGAGAAUACCACACCUCUCUAGAGUUCUCUGCUGUCUCUGGUCAGUUCUUCCCCACCAUGGCAUUCUCUGGGACGUAUGAGCUUGAAAGUCAAGAGAAUUACAAUGAGUUUCUGGAGGCAAUUGGGUUUGCCAAUGCCAAGACUGACUUCAAAGUGAUAACAGAAGUGCUUCAGGAGGGGGACGAUUUUACCUGGUCACAGAUUAUUCCCAACUGGACCUUGACUAACAAGUUCACCAUCGGAAAGGAGUGUGAGCUAGAGAGCAUGCUACGCACCAAGUUCGUGACCACCGUCACCAUGGAAGGAGGCAAGAUAAUUAUUCCGUUCCCCCAGUAUCAUUUCACUGCGGAGAUCAGUGGGGACAAGCUGAUCAUGGUAGGAGAGACUGAGGCAGAGAGAAAGAAAGAGGAGAGUGAUUGAGUUAGUGAGUGAUUAAACUCUGUACAACCGCCGGGGAGAAGGGUGUGACCCUGAAGAGAAUCAACAAGAGGAUCUGAUAUCAAAAAUGUAACAUGUUGAGGCAGCGCUCUUCUGUGUGUGCUGUUACUGGAAACCUUGUCCCCACUACCUCGUAAACUACCCGUAUGUUACUGUUUCACCUCCACAAACAUCUGGAUGACUCAUACCACCUGGAUCACCCUUCCAGUACAUUUCCAGCAACGGUGCCCUGUCCAUCUUUAAUAUAAAAAGAGAUGUACCAAACAGUCUAUGCAACUUCCUGAUAUUCAAUGUUUUAAGUGUGUCAAUGGAAUCCAUGAACUACCUUCAUGUGAAUAAAGUAAUGUCUUAUUUCUUUGUACCAGCUGAUCAUGUAAAAUAAAAGUAAAAUGAACACGCAAGAGAA